UUAUGAUGCAAGUAACCCUGAAGAAAGAGCAACUGCAGAAAAAGCUUUAGUUAAUUUUGUUCAUGCACCAGAUUGCUUACCAACAUGUCGUCUUUUGCUUGAAAGAGGAGAUGUAUGAAAAUUAAAAAUUAUUUUUAGUCUUCAUAUGCUCAGCUGUUGGCUGCAACUACCUUAACAAAACUAGUUUCAAGAAAUCCUCAAACUCUUACCUUGCAACAAAGAAUUGAUAUAAGAAAUUACGUGUUGACUUACUUGGCAACCUGUCCGAAAAUGGCAUCUUUUGUAACUCAGGCAUUGGUACUACUUUUUGCCAGAAUAACCAAAAUUGGGUGGUUUGAUUCUUACAAAAAAGAUUAUGUCUUUAGAAAUUUAAUUUCUCAGCUGAGUGGCUUUUUGCAGGGCUCUGUGGAGUAUUGUUCCAUAGGUGUUCAAUUGCUUUCUCAAGUUACAUGUGAGAUCAACCAAAUAACUGAAGCUGAAGCCAAUAAAUCAUUGACAAAACAGCGUAAAGCUGCAACAUCCUUUAGAGACACAGAGUUGUAUGAUAUAUUUCGAUUAGCUUGUGAUUAUUUGCGAGGAGCUUUAGAAAGUUGGAAAACACCAACUUUUAAAGAUGAAGCUGAGCACAAUUUGAUGAACAGCUUAUUGCGACUUGCAUAUAACUGUAUAUCUUUUGACUUUAUUGGCACAUCUCCUGAUGAAUCAACAGAUGAUUUAUGUACUGUGCAAAUACCCACUAAUUGGAGACCUGCAUUUUUAGAUUUCAAUUCCCUGCAACUAUUUUUUGACCUGUAUCAUUGUUUAACACCUAGUCUAUCAUCUGUGGCUUUACUCUGCAUUGUUCAAAUUGCUUCUGUGCGAAGGACGUUAUUCAAUAAUGAAGAGCGUGGAAAAUAUCUGGGACAGCUAGUAAACGGGAUAAAAUGUAUUCUGGAAAAUCCUCAGAAAUUAUCUGAUUCAAACAAUUAUCAUGAAUUUUGCCGUUUGCUUGCUAGAUUGAAAACAAAUUAUCAGUUAGGAGAACUAGUUAGGGUUGAAAGUUAUCCUGAUACAAUAAGCUUAAUUGCUAAAUUUACUGUAACAAGUUUACAGAUGUGGCAGUUUGCCCCAAAUAGCAUCCAUUAUCUUUUAAGUUUGUGGCAAAGAAUGGUAGCCUCAGUUCCGUAUGUUAAGGCAUCAGAACCACAUUUGUUGGAAACAUAUACUCCCGAAGUUACUCAUGCCUUUAUAACCUCAAGACUGGAUUCAGUUGCAGUAAUACUUAGAGACGGUCUGGAGGAUCCCUUAGAAGAUUUGGGUAUGGUACAGCAACAGUUAGACCAGCUGUCCAUCAUAGGAAGAUGUGAAUAUGAAAAAACAUGCACAUUACUUGUUCAGUUAUUUGAUCAAACUGCACAGCGUUAUCAAGAGUUAAUCAACAAUGUUCCUGCAUCUCAAGUAGAUGUUGCUAUAAAAGAAGGACAAUUGACAUGGCUCGUGUAUAUAAUUGCUGCAGCAAUAGGAGGGAGAGUAUCUUUCAAUGCUGCAGAUGAGUAUGAUGCAAUGGAUGGUGAACUAAUAUGUAGAGUAUUACAGUUAAUGAAUCUGACUGACAAUCGUAUAUCACAGGGUGGCUGUGAGAAACUGGAACUAGCUACGAUAUAUUUUUUUGAACAGUUUAGGAAGAUUUAUGUAGGUGAUCAAAUUCAGAGGACAUCCAAAGUUUAUAAGCGGCUGUCUGAAGUGUUAGGUGUUGCUGAUGAAGCAAUGGUUCUUAGUGUUUUUAUCAGGAAAAUAUUAACAAACUUGAAGUACUGGAGUAGAAGUGAACAAAUUAUCAACCGAACUCUUCAGCUUCUGAGCGAUUUAUCUGUCGGUUAUACUAGUGUUAGAAAAUUAGUGAAAUUAGAAGAAGUUCAGUUUAUGCUCAAUAACCAUACUAGUGAACAUUUUCCAUUCUUGGGUAGCGCUAUGCAGUUAUCAGAUAUGAGGUGUAGGUCUAUUUUCUAUACUGCUCUUGGAAGGCUGUUGUUAAUAAAUUUAGGAGAGGAUGAGGAUAAAUUUGAGCAGUUCAUGAUGCCUCUAACUGCUACAUUUGAGACUGUUGGAAAUGCACUGGCUGCUGCAGAGACUUCUGUCUUCAAUGAAAGUGAAACAAAGAAGCUAUUAAUUGGACUUGCACGAGAUUUGAGAGGAUUAGCAUUUGCUUUCAAUUCAAAAAUUAGUUACAUGAUGUUGUUUGAAUGGAUCUACCCUACCUAUACACCAAUAUUACAUCGAGCCAUAGAAAUGUGGUAUCAUGAUCCAUCUGUUACUACACCAGUCUUAAAGCUGUUUGCUGAAUUAGUUGUAAAUAGAUCUCAGCGGCUGCAGUUUGAUGUGUCUUCACCAAAUGGUAUUUUAUUAUUUCGAGAAGCGAGUAAGGUUAUUGUGAAUUAUGGUUCUCGAAUUUUAACCAUGACUGCUGUACCAAAAGAUCAGAUAUAUAAAAUGAAGUUAAAAGGUAUAUCCAUCUGUUUUUCAAUGCUUAAGUCAGCUUUGUGUGGAGGUUAUGUUAAUUUUGGUGUUUUUCGUUGGUAUGGAGAUGUUGCCUUGGAUGAUGCUUUAAAUACAUUUGUUAAAAUGUUAUUAUCUAUUCCACAGCCAGACUUAUUGCAUUAUCCAAAAUUAAGCCAAACAUACUAUGUUUUGUUAGAAUGUCUUGCCCAGGAUCAUAUGAAUUUCUUAAGCACUUUAGAACCACAGCUAUUUUUAUACAUUUUAUCAUCUAUUUCAGAAGGCUUAUCAUCAUCAGAUACAAUGGUAUGUGCUGGAUGCUGUGCUGCAUUAGAUCAUUUAGUUACAUACAUAUUUAAAAAGGUUAUGAGGGCUGGGAAACAGCGACGUACAAGUGGUUCUGAUCAACGUGAAGAAGAGACAUGUUUAAGAGUUUUGAAGCAACAUCCAGAAAUUCUGCAACAGGUCAGUAUUCAAAUGCUGAGUACAAACUUAAAUAUUGUGAUAUUUGAAGAGUGUAGAAAUCAGUGGUCGAUGUCUAGACCUUUAUUAGGCUUAAUUUUAUUAAAUGAAGAGUAUUUCAGUCAACUUAGGCAAAAUAUAAUUAGCAAUCAGCUACCUGAAAAGCAGUGUGUUAUGGCUCAGUGGUUUGAUAGUCUAAUGGAAGGAAUUGAAAGAAAUUUACAGACAAAAAAUAGAGAAAGGUUUACACAGAAUUUAUCAGUAUUUAGGAGAGAUGUAAAUGAUUCUCUUAAAGGUCCAAGUGUGUCCUCCAUUUAUGAUGUAAAUUGAACUCAGUGUAUAGAAUAUAGAACCCAUUAAAAGUUAACAUCUUUCCUGGAA